GUCUUUUCCCUUUUUAUCGGUACCGGGGAUCCAACUCACGACUGCCUGCUUGCAAGGCAGGUGCUUAUGCCACUGAGCUAAAUCCCCAGCCCCUCUUUCUUUCUUUUUUUGAUGCUGUGGAUGGAGCUGGAGGCCUUCCUUACACUUAGGCAAACUUUCCACCAGGAUGCUGCACCUCUAGCCUCAAGGUGGCAUUUUUAUUUUUAUUUAUAUUUAUUUAUUUAUUUUAAAGAGACAGGGUCUCUCUACGUUGGCUCCUGCUGGCCUCACACUCCUGGGCUGCAGGGAUCCUCCUGCCUCAGCCUCCUGAGUAGGACAGCCCUGCACCGAUGUGGUCAGCACUUCUGGAUUGCUGCUUCUGCUCACAGGAGAGUUGUGGGCCUGGUGUUGCAGAAAUGCUGACCUGACUGCCUCAGCAUCCCUAAAAGAAAAUGAAGAUUUAAUAACAGCUACUAGGAAAAGUACAAAUUACAGACAAAGGUGUGAUACAGUAAAAAGUGGAAGUUUUUGGUUCACCAUCAGUGCAGUGGGUUCCAGCUGCACAAGGUAACAGAUACUGAUGUGCUUUGAGGCCCACCUGCUGUGUGGCUCAGUGUUCACACUGGAGCCAAACAUUUUUAUUUAUCCCAACUCUUCAUUUAAAUUAAUUUAUUUAUUUUUGAUACUUGUGGUAUGGAGGAUUGAUCCCUGGCCUUUUGCCCUUCCCCUAGCCAAUUUUUAAUUUCAAGGAUUUCAAGUUGCUAAAAUUACCAGGCUGAGAUUGAACUUUGUAUCCUCCUGCCUCAGCCUCCUACAGUGCUGGGAUUUCAAACAUGUGCCACUCCCAUUGGGUGGAUGUAUUUUUUUUUUCCCAGAGAUUUUUUUUCCUUGGGGUACCAGGGAUCAAACUCACAAUCUCACACUUGCCAGGCAGGUGCUUAUGCCACUGAGCUAAAUCCCCAGUCCUCCCAGAGAUUUUCUAAAGGUGGUUGCUUACAUCUGUGGAUAGGAACCCAUUUACAUAGAGGGCUAGGCAUACGCUUCGCCAGUGUUUAUUUUGGAAAAUGGACCGUUCACCUACUCUGCUAAUCUGCCCCUUGUGUUUUUUACUACUCAGUUUAAUUGUGAUCAGUUUCACUUGUCAAUGUGCUACACGUGUAGAGUGCUUGCUUGGUAUGGACCACCAAAAAGGUUUGAAAAACACCGAGCAUUCCCUAGAGUGACUUGAUGGUUCCCCUGUCAUCGUCUAUGUUAACUGAACCGCUUUAAGAGGUAGAAAUAACUUCUUUGCUCACAAAGUGAAAUUCAGAGUGUGGCUUCUGAUUUCCCUGAUGUGAAGCGGAAGACAGGGUAACAGGUAAAACAUGUUUUAUGUGGAGUGAGCACAGGCCGCCUGAGAUGUAGGAUGUCUGGGCUUGGAGGAGAAGGCAGGGGACAGCCAGGCCCACCCGUGACAGGUCCUCUGGGGCCUCUCUUGGCCUGGCCCCCGAGGGUCUCCAGGGCUGGCUGCAGAUGGGCUGGGAUCCCGCCCGCAUCCUUCGUCUUUGCUGUUGGACACAAGGUUCUAUCUUAUUUUUCUCCUAAAUCAGUCCCUCGGGGCUGGGUCACAGGAAGGAAGUGGGCGGCCCUGCGCUGUUGAUGAUGGUUUUGCUUUUCAUUUGGCCACAAAGCUCCAUUGAACCAGCGGGGCGAGCUGGUGUUCGGGGAUCAAUCUGAAGGAACCCAGUAAAUAGAGCUGUGCUUUUCUCUGCCUUUUUCUGGCAGACCACCAGGCGAGAAGCUGUUGUGGGUCCAUCCCCAAAAGCCUCCCAAGAACCCUCGCCCUGGAGAUGCUGAGGGAGGCUCCCCGAGCUCCAUGCUGUCAGGAGGCAGCCCGACAUCCACUGCCCCCGAAGAGCCCAGCAGGCAGGAGCCUGGGCUGGCUGUCUCCAGCUUCUUGGAAGGGGAGCCUGCAGCUGCCUCCUUCCCGGGGCCCCUGGAGAAAGAAACCGCCCUCCUUUCCGCCUCCCAGUUUGCAAGACCCAGGAAGUCGGUGGGGAGGAAAGCAGAGAGGAGAGUGGAGGACCUGGAGAGCAAGGCCGUCAGCCCGGAAGCCAUGCACAGCCCCGGCGCCCCAGAGCUGGAGGGAUCUCCGGGUCCAGGAGCUCAGAUGCCGGCGGACAGCUCCCAGCCCACGUGGAGUGGCUGGAAGCCCGGGAGCCCUGUGUCUGAAGAGGGAGCCGCAGCCUACAGCCCCAAGACGGCUGGCCAGGACCCAGGGAAAGAGCAAGGGGCCAGUGUGCUGGACAGCGGGGACAGGGGCAGCCCUGUGCCCGAGGGGGCUCAGGGGCUGGGUGGACCAGAAGGACAGCUGCCUUGCAGUGGUGCUGAGGGGACGAAGCUAGACCAUGGUGACACCCAGGAGGCCGGCGCCCUGCCUGGUACCCUGGGAGGAGGAGUUGGCAUCUCCAGCACCCCUGUGCCCACUCCCUCCUUGGCCACACUGUGCAUGAAGGCCUGGGCUUCAACACCCAGAGGGGCAGGCGGGCAGGCAGGUGCCCCCCUGGGGACCACUGUCACAGCAGACACAGGCACAGAUGCCACCAGGACAGACCCGGGGGCCCUGGGAAUGGCCCAGCCACCUGCCUGUCCCAGGGAGCAGACCCCACCGGGCUGCAGGUCUGUAUGUGAGGAGACCCCAGGAGGCCAGGGGGAGGCAGGGCCAGAAGAGCAGCCCCCCAGAGACAGCCCAGGGAGCCCCACAGUCCUUCAGGCUGCAGUUCCAGGAAACCCAGAGCCUGCUGUGGAUGCCCAAGACCCAGCACCAGACCUGGGCCCAAGCAGUGAUCACACACAAGCCCCUGGUCCUGCUGUGGAGUGGGCGGGAACAGCACAGCUCGAAGACAGAUGGGCAGUGGAGUCGGACGGCCAGCACCUUGGGGGAAGCUGUGUGGGGUCCAGCGCUGCCACCAAGGGCCCUUUCCAGGAGGCCAGAGUCUGCCAGGGAGGUCUGGAAGCACCCACACCCCCACCAGACCCAUGCCAGCACCCUCUGGACCUUGCAGACCAGGCUGGGUGGCCAGAGACCCUGGCCAUGGAGCUGGACUUCCUUCCUGACAGCCAACUGCAGGCCGCACUGGAUGCCCCUGGCUUGGAAACCCCGGCAGAGCAGGAACAUCCCGCAGGGAACGAGUCGGUCCUCUGCUGGCCCAGCCUGGGCACCAGUCGGGGGGACCGAGUCCCGGAGACAGAGGCUCAGCCAAGGAUGGAGGACGCCUCGGACACAGUGCGGGGCCUCAUCGUGGAGCUCUCCAACCUCAACCGCUUGAUCAUGAGCGCCCACCGAGACCUGGAAACCUUCAGGCGCCUUGGCCCCAGGAAGGCCCGGCCUGCGUCCUGCCCGGCCAAGGCGGCCAUGGCGCACGACGAGCGGCCCCGGCGGGACUUGUAGGCCUCUGUGCCGCACUGCUUUGCUCCACCAGUGCCGUCUGCAAUCCCGGCUGAAGUCACCUCCCCAAGACGGAUGCAGGAGGGUGGCCGGGGUUUCUGGGGACAGCGCGGGACUGCCUCACCGUCCAUUUUCCCUCUUCUACCUCUUAAUAAAUGGUGCGGCCUCUCGGCCCCUCGGCUUUCUGCCACCUAAC